GAGGAGGAGCAGGCGCCGCCAUGGCCGCCGCUAUCACCGACAUGGCCGACCUGGAGGAGCUCGCCCGCCUGAGCCCUCUGCCCCCUGGCAGCCCGGGCCCGGCGGCGCGGAGCCGGGCUGAGCCCCCCGAGGAGGAGGAGGAAGAGGAGGAGGAGGAAGAGGAGGCGGAGGCCGCGACGGUGGCGGCGCUGCUCCUGAACGGCGGGGGCGGCGGCGGCGGCGGCGGCGGCGCGGGGGGCGGCGAGGCGGAGACGAUGUCGGAGCCGAGCCCCGAGAGCGCCAGCCAGGCCGGGGAGGACGAGGACGAGGAGGAGGACGACGAGGAGGAGGAAGAGGAGGAGGAGGACGAGAGCAGCAGCAGCGGCGCGGGCGAGGAGAGCAGCGCCGAGAGCCUGGUGGGCAGCAGCGGCGGGAGCAGCAGCGACGAGACGCGCUCGCUCAGCCCCGGCGCCGCCAGCAGCAGCAGCGGGGAUGGCGACGGCAAGGAGGGCCUGGAGGAGCCCAAGGGACCGCGGGGCGGCCCGGGCGGCCUGGGGGGCGGCAGCAGCAGCAGCAGCGUCGUCUCGAGCGGCGGCGACGAGGGCUACGGCACCGGGGGAGGCGGAAGCAGCGCGACCUCCGGCGGCCGGCGCGGCAGCCUGGAGAUGUCGUCGGACGGGGAGCCCCUGAGCCGCAUGGACUCGGAGGACAGCAUAAGCAGUACUAUAAUGGAUGUAGACAGCACAAUUUCCAGUGGGCGUUCAACUCCAGCCAUGAUGAAUGGACAAGGAAGCACUACUUCUUCAAGCAAAAAUAUUGCCUAUAAUUGUUGUUGGGACCAGUGCCAGGCUUGCUUCAACUCUAGCCCAGAUCUGGCAGAUCACAUCCGUUCCAUACAUGUAGAUGGUCAGCGAGGAGGGGUGUUUGUUUGCUUAUGGAAAGGCUGUAAAGUAUAUAACACUCCCUCCACCAGCCAGAGUUGGUUGCAGAGGCACAUGCUGACGCACAGUGGAGACAAGCCUUUCAAGUGUGUUGUUGGUGGCUGCAAUGCCAGCUUCGCGUCUCAGGGAGGGCUGGCUCGCCACGUACCCACACACUUCAGUCAGCAGAACUCCUCGAAGGUUUCGAGCCAGCCAAAGGCCAAAGAAGAAUCUCCUUCUAAAGCUGGAAUAAACAAAAGGAGAAAGUUAAAGAACAAAAGACGACGUUCAUUACCACGACCACAUGACUUCUUCGAUGCACAAACACUGGAUGCGAUAAGACAUCGAGCCAUAUGCUUUAACCUCUCAGCGCAUAUAGAAAGUUUAGGGAAGGGACACAGUGUUGUUUUUCAUAGUACUGUAAUAGCUAAGAGAAAAGAGGAUUCUGGAAAGAUAAAACUUUUGCUUCAUUGGAUGCCUGAAGAUAUUCUGCCAGAUGUGUGGGUGAAUGAGAGUGAACGACAUCAAUUGAAAACUAAAGUAGUUCAUUUAUCAAAGCUACCCAAAGAUACUGCCUUGCUUUUGGAUCCAAACAUAUACAGAACAAUGCCGCAGAAGAGGUUGAAGAGAACUCUGAUAAGAAAAGUGUUCAAUUUGUAUUUAAGCAAACCGUGAACAGCAUUUGCAAUCAACUAAAAAUUCGUCUAUCGAAUUAGGGCUGAAAGUCUCUGUUAAAGAGUGUCGCAGUGUCUGGUGGCUCCCUUUCAGGACUAGGGCUUUCUCAUGGAGUACAGUAUAUUGAUAUUUACUUGGAUAACUCACUUUGUUAACGGUUUUUGAAAAACCUCUUUCAAAUUGGAAUAUUUGUAUUUUCAUUUAACCUAUAUGACUCUAAUUUUUUUCUGAGGAAAGCAUUUGGUUUUUGAAUUGUUUUUUCUUAAUGUAAGAAAAAUUGUAUUUUUUUUAAAGUAUCUUCAAACUGAAUCUUUUAUGCACCAAAGUUGGUUUUGAAAAGGAAAAUAAAAAUCAUUUUCUUGCUUGGUAAGCAAGAAGCCAUAUGGAAUUUUUUUUAACUUACAGAAAUGGAAAUAUGUGUAACUUGUUAGUAUUGUAUCAAACAAAUGUUCCAUAGAGUUAAUAGAACAUUGCUUGUAAAUAAUUCAGCAGAUUUGUAAUAUAUUUUUAUAUUAUGAAAUGUACUGUAGAUGUUUUUCUAGAGGCAUGAAAGUUAAAUGUAUAUAUUAUGGUAGAAAUAAUAUUGAAGGAUAUUGUAAUUCACUAGUGCUGCCAGAGGAAUUGUUAAUAAAGCACCUUCUUUAACAAUAAAUGUCUUUUGCAGACCUAAGGACUAUGUACUACUGUUAAUAUCUAUAAGAACAAAACAUUGAACAGCCUUCCAGAAAGUCUUUGAGGGAGGACCUGUACCCGAAAUAAAAUUAAGGCACUCAUUUCUGAUAGUGACCGUGAAGUCCAUUUUUUCCUUACUGUUGGAAGGACAUACUGUAAAGUAUAUGGUUAUAGGCAGUCAGACUGCACAAAAUACUCCUAAUUGAGGAGUUUUCACUUUACUACACUGAUAUGAACCAGCAGUUUUUACACUAAAUUUAUAAAAUAAAUAAUAGACAAAAAUAUAGAACUAAACCUUUGGUUCCAAAAUGGGAAAGAUUCCAUGAUAUAGAAAUCAUUUCUCAUUUGUUUAAAAAAGUGGUAAAAAUUAUGGGAGACUUUAUUCGUUAACAGUGGGGUAAAGAGCUAUAUACAUAAAAUGAGUCAUAUAAAACUAAAGUGCAAAAAAGCACUGCUACUAGAAGACAUUCUGGAAAGGUUGUUUAAUAAGGGUAUUAUCAACAUGAUCUGUAGCAAAUGUGAUUUUAUUUUUUAAAAGAAAAGAAAAGCAGUGUGCUUUUUUACUAUUUUUGUUGUCUUUGCUUAAGCACUUCAUUAGUUGCUUUAUUUUGUAUCUGCGAAGUAAUCUGCAAUCUCUUUUGUUCUUUUUAAAUUUUGUUUUGUUAUAAAAUUGCCAAAUAGAAGUUUCAGAUAUAUAGUUUGUGCCUGUAUUUUUAUUUUAUUUUAUUGCUUCAUUGUCUUGUAAGUCAUCCUUAAUUGACCGAUGAUUGUAGACUUUGCUUGAGUAUUUUUUUCUAAUAAAACAAAGCAAAUCACAUUUAGCUUCAAAUUGUAACACUUUGAUUAAAUUUUCAAGUGACACCUGAAUAUACACACCCAAAAUUGUCUUCAGGGGCCCAGUGAAUAAAGGCCAUUCGUUGUGUAGAGAUGCCUCAACGUUGGCCAGAUUUCAUGGCUAGUGAUUAGCCCUGGAGUCCUCGGUCACUCACUGUCCUUUUGCUGCUCAUCUAACUUUGGUUUGAUACUAAUAGCACACCAAAAAAAAUAUGGAAUUAAAAUGAGCUAAUUUUAUAGCUUGUAUGUAUACACAUAUAUACUUACACACGUUCAGAUAUGAUUGGAAAGUGUGAACAUUUUAAUCCUUGUUGUUCAUUUAUUGAUACCUCCUUGUCUGUAUUAUUCUCACUGCCCGUCUACAUAGUUCUUUCUACUCCCAAGUAGGACGUUCGUAAUAUGGUGCCUGAAAUGAUGUCUCACUCCGCAUCCACGUGCAGUCUUGCACUGGGCAAGCUGCACCCGCACACGCAGCCUCUGGGUGGCAGGGUGGCCGCCAACUGCUGCUCCCUGCGCCGGGGCGGCGAGCAGCAAGACCUCAGGCCUACAAGCCUGAAAUCCGUACUGUCUGGUCUGUAGGAAGAGUUGGCUGCUCUCUCCCUUGUCAGGUGAUAAAACUUGGGAGAAUGAACUUAAACCUUGGAUUUUUUACAUAUUGGACUUUAAUAUAAUAGUGUUGAGUUAAGACAGUACAUUCAAUUUGGUGAAAGCUGUUUGGUACUAUUUUACAGUAAACGUUGCCGUAUUAGGCUCCUACAACAAAUGUUUUGGGGAACUUUUACAUUGAAUUUGUUAAUAGUUAUAUAACCCAUCAUUUUACCAUUUGUAUUUUUGUAUUUUGUUUCACAAAAUAGAAGAAAUUGAGAUUUUGUAUAUCAGAUUAUGUUUAAACCAUAAGGCACAUCUGCUUUAUUUAAAAGCAUCUUGAAGUAGAAAAUAUUGUAAAGUUUAAAGUUGUUUAUUUUUCUAAUAAACUUUUCAGUACAUAAAUUUUCCCUACAGUGGCCACACAUUCCUCCUGAAUUUCAGAUGAAAGGUAACUAAGAUGGACAAUAAUUAUACAUAAUUUGAGAUUUGUUUCAUUGGAAGUAUUGAUAAUCAUGUCAGUAUACCCUUGGCUGUAAGACUUUUUCACAUACUGUUUUAAAAUACGCAUUUACUCUUAAAAAUACAGAAUUUGCCAGUUGUUUAAAGCAUGUUCUGUUGUUUGCUCCUUGAUUUUUUUUUUUAACAUGGUGAACAAAAGUGUUAGAUUUUUAAAUAGAAUAUAAAAUGGAUAAAUAGGUUUGAAGUAGUUUAAAUAUUCCAUGGAAAGAGUCUUUCUGUUUAGUCACAACUUUGUGAACUUGUACCUCUACGUAAGUUUUCUAAAAGCAAACAGAUUUUUAGCUUAUGUGAAUUCUUCAUGCAAAGCCAUUUUAUCAGGCCUGAGGUUGUGGACCUACAAGGAGAUAAAUAUAAAAGAAUUUUUAAAAGCUUUCUAUUCUUAAAAAAAUACAAGAAAUAUUUCAUAAAAGGACAAGUGUUUUUAGAAAAAUUUCCUGCAUUCGUAUUUUUAAUUGUGAAAGACUGUGAUCUG